AUGAAGGGACUCGUGGAAGACCUGGAGGGCAGAGGGCCCGACCGCCCCUCCAACCGCCUUCCCAAAUCCCCGGUUCCAGCCCCAAAGCCGGCCUGUGAGCGCUCGCGGGGCUUGCUCUCGAGCCCUGUGCGCGCCCCAGCGCAGGGGGAGGGCGUGCGGCGAGACGGGCUGCCCGGCGAUUACCGCCCGAAUCACGGUCCAGGAGGGCAUGAACAAGAAGCAUUGGACUCAAUCAUGAAGGAUCUGGUGGCCCUCCAGAUGAGCCGACGUUCCCGGGUGCCUGGAUAUGAGACCAUGAAGAACAAGGAUACGGGCCACCCAAAUAGGCAGAAAAAGCACAACAGCAGCAGCCCAGCCCUUCUGAGCAGCCCCCCAGUUACAACAGGCUCAUGUGCAGGGGCCACUGAGCAAAAGACAUUUUUGAGUGACGUCAGAAUCAAGUUUGAGCACAGUGGGGAGAGGCGAAUCAUACCGUUCAGCCGGCCUGUGAGAUAUGAAGAUGUGGAGCACAAGGUGGCAGCAGUAUUUGGGCAGCCUCUUGAGCUACAUUAUAUGAACAAUGAGCUCUCCAUCCUGCUGAAAAACCAAGAUGAUCUUGAUAAGGCAAUUGAUAUUUUGGACAGAAGCUUAAGCAUGAAAAGCCUUAGGAUAUUGCUGCUGUCCCAGGACAGGAACCAUACCAGUUCCUCACCCCACUCUGGAGUUUCCAGGCAGGUCCGGAUCAAGGCUUCACAGUCAGCGGGGGAUGUAAAUACUGUCUACCAGCCCCCUGAGCCCAGAAGCAGGCACCUCUCUGUCGGCUCCCAGAAUCCUGGCCGAAGUUCGCCUCCCCCUGGCUACGUACCUGAGCGGCAACAGCGCAUUGCCCGACAAGGGUCCUACACCAGCAUCAACAGUGAGGGGGAGUUCAUCCCAGAGACCAGCGAGCAGUGCGUUUUCUUAGGAGUCCAAAAAAGGAGCCCACUGAAGACUCCUAGUGCCCCCAUCAACUGGCGCCGAGGGAAGCUGCUGGGUCAGGGUGCCUUCGGCCGCGUCUAUUUGUGCUAUGACGUUGACACAGGACGUGAACUUGCUUCCAAGCAGGUCCAGUUUGACCCAGAUAGUCCUGAGACAAGCAAGGAGGUGAGCGCUCUGGAGUGCGAGAUCCAGCUGCUGAAGAACCUGCAGCACGAGCGCAUCGUGCAGUACUACGGCUGUCUGCGGGACCGCGCCGAGAAGACACUGACCAUCUUCAUGGAGUACAUGCCGGGGGGCUCGGUGAAAGACCAGUUAAAAGCCUACGGAGCUCUGACAGAGAGUGUGACCCGCAAGUACACGCGGCAGAUCUUGGAGGGCAUGUCCUAUCUGCACAGCAACAUGAUCGUUCACCGGGACAUAAAGGGAGCCAACAUCCUCCGAGACUCUGCUGGGAAUGUGAAGCUGGGGGACUUUGGGGCCAGCAAGCGCCUGCAGACCAUCUGCAUGUCAGGGACAGGCAUGCGCUCCGUCACUGGGACACCAUACUGGAUGAGCCCUGAGGUGAUCAGUGGUGAGGGCUAUGGAAGGAAAGCCGACGUAUGGAGCCUGGGCUGCACAGUGGUGGAAAUGCUGACAGAGAAACCACCGUGGGCAGAGUAUGAAGCCAUGGCUGCCAUCUUCAAAAUUGCAACCCAGCCCACCAACCCUCAGCUGCCUUCGCACAUCUCCGAACACGGGCGGGACUUUCUGAGGCGCAUCUUUGUGGAGGCCCGCCAGAGGCCUUCGGCCGAGGAGCUGCUCAAGCACCACUUUGCACAGCUUGUGUACUGA